AUGCCAACAUCACAGGCCAUGGAUACACCGCACCAGGAGAUCGAAUCGGCCGCAUUUCAUCUCAUCAAUCAGGGCCAGAUUCUUCAGCCCGAAAAAGAGGGGGAUCUACCCAUGCUUCGGGUCAGCAACCCUUACAAAGCGGACGCCGACCACGCGGGCGCCCAGAACGUCGUUCUCGCUGUGGGUCAUGUGGUAACGACGCGGGUCCUACGCAUCACCAGCAAACAAGCCUACGUGGAAAUCCUUGCUCUGGGCAGUGUCGUUCUCCGACAGACCUGUCAGGGCAUCAUCAAGAAAGAAGAUGUGUCGGAUCACGACAUCGAUCGCAUCGAGAUUCCUCGUUGCUUCCGACCUGGAGACAUUGUGAGGGCGCGUGUGGUGUCGCUUGGCGAUAGUCGGCAAUACUACUUAAAGACGGCCGAGAGUGAGCUCGGAGUGGUGUAUGCCAGAAGUCAGACGCAGCUGGAGGAGGGCGGGGCGGAGGGAGGGGGGAGAGUGAUGGUGCCUGUGUCGUGGGAAGCCAUGAUGGACCCCUUGACUAAAGCAACAGAACCACGGAAGGUCGCCAAGCCUUCAGCAAAGACAGACUAG